CGCCGUCAAUCCAUAGCGACCUGCCGUCAAUCCAUAGCUCCCGUUCCGGAAGCAGCAUAGUACGAGAGACAAAGGCGGAGAGCGCGCGCGAGAGAGAGCAGGGGCAACCACACCACCAACACACCCAGUACCAUGUCCGAGGAAGCCAAGACGAACGAGGUUGCCGUGUCCAUGCCUAAGGCAGACAUCCACGCCGACACCCAGCAGGAGGUGUCCAAGUUCGACCAGAGCAAGAACCCUAUCCCGAAGGUUGUACCUCCCCGUGGGUCCAAGGAUGCUCGCUCGUUCCGGCCGUCUACCCUGGCGGAGAUCAACAUGAUGAACCGCUACGAGCCGCUGGAGCUCAAGUGCGGCGGCAAGACGUUCGGCAUCGGCUGCGGGAACUCGCUGGAGGACGUGCUGCUCAUCAUGGGGUGCAUCCUCGCGCUCUGGUCGUUCGUGCUCGGAGUGUCCGGGCUGCUGCUCAAGUCGGCGAUCGACACAGACCUGCGCCAUACCGCACUCUGGGUGUACUUCUGGCUGUUCAUCCUCGGCUGCUUUUUGCUGGGCGGCAUGAUCGCCACGGGGCAGGUGGAGCGCUUCCGCAGCGAGCGGGCGGCGGCCGAGAAGCAGCACGACGAUGACGCGGCGGCGGCGAUGUCCGCCUAAACCAAGUAAAGAACAUUUAGGAUAGUACGUGUGGAACAACACACACACAGAGGGCGGGCGGGGGAGGAUGCGGCGAUUGGGCGAGGAGGAGCAAACACACGGACGGUGCUGAAUGUAAAUUUUCGCAGCUCCUGGCGGGGGAGACGCAAGAUUCGAACGGCUCUUGUUGGAUCCCCGCUUCGAGCUUCAACUUUGUUUUUAUUUUUGUUGGUUUUGUAUUUGCGGUGAAAACGCGUGCUCCUUCCUCUCUUUGGCUGCCCCCCGUCCCCCUUUUUGCGGCGCAUACCUACGGGCACAGUUGUCGUGUGCGGUGGUCGGGUUCUCUCCGUUGGGGGAUAUUUGAUUACUUUGAGCGCGAGGAAAGAGGAAGAACAGGAACAAGCUUCGGAGUUGGCACGAGGUUGGGUGGCAUGCACGGGAAGGUAUCGGCCGCCGCGGCCGCCGCCGCCGCGGCCGCCGUCGCCAGCCGCAGCAAAGCAGCGAGAGUGGGGCCGCGGGGGUAGGCGUGGGGGCGGUGGGGGGCAGUCAGUGCAUUGAUAUUUAUCCCUGGGCGCCGCAUUGACAUUUUUUUCCCAAUUCCGACUCGAUCUAUGGACACCUCUUGGGCUUUCUUUUCUGUAUUAAGAAGUCGGGCGUAUGCGUACGCGUGUCUUGUUGAGGUUGGACAUGAUGGGGUAAGAAAACACGCAAUAGCUCCGCGCCGUUCGCGCUGAGGGUAGGGCAGCCAGGAAUUGAUUUGUAGGUAGGGGUUUAAGAUUCUGCGAAUGAUAACGCUCGUUCUGUCCAGGGUUUUAAGGAGUUGUAAAGGGAGGCCAACAACUGUGCUUUAGCCGUUAGAAGGCUUACUUUCGGCUUCUCUUCCUCUGUUAUGCGUUCGGUUUUAUUGUCGCAUCACCGGCGAUAGGCAAGGUGAAAACUAGAAGGCGGCGGCCGCGCUGUAUUGUUGUAUCGUCGCUGGUUGCGAGGCAGAACGCAUGUUUUAACCAGGACGAGCUGCAGUUCCAGGCGAGGAAAGAGAGACAUUUUUUCGGUCGGGCCUCGGCUUGUAAAAUGUACGGCGGUGGGCCAAAAAGCCGUUUUUCCAAAGCAAAACGGCACCAACAGUGCGGUGCGGUGGAUGCCGUGGUAUUGCGGUUUUCCGUAGGACUCAUUUCAACGGACUCGUCGGGCUUUUGUGUGUCCUUCGGCAUCUGACUUGCGGUUGAAGGCAUAAUCACCCCAUCUGUGCUACAUACGAAAGCGCGGCAAAUCUCGUCAUAUUGCCUAGUUAGUUAGUGUCUUUUCGGGCACUCCACGAUCUUGCAUGGCACGAACUGUGUUGAAGUGAUUUUCCCUUGUCCUUGUCAAGGGGGCGCGCUCUAGAUGGCUACGCGUGAUGCCGGUUUUUCAACGCAGAGGGCCGUUCCCUUGUGUACUGUAGUCAACAGGUGUUCUGGGACUUGAAGGCACCACGAACGAAACUUG